UUCCAUUAUAGGUUAUUACAAGAUAAAGUAAGCAAGAUUAGGAAUUGGGCUUUGGGCACAUUACAUUUGAGAAUAUAUUAACAGCCAACCAAGGUACUGAGUAAGUGGUUGGACAUUAAAUUUGGAGUUCAGUGGCGAGGUCAGGGCUGGAGAUGCAAACCUGGGAGUCAUCAGUUUAUUAAUAUAGUUUAAACCCAGAGCUCACCUAGAGAGUAAAUUAGAGAAGAGAUUCAAGGACAGCCCUUGGGCACGUCAAGGUUAAGAGGCUUGAGGAUAUGAAAAGGAUGCAGCAAAGAAGACCAAGAAAGCAACCUGUGAGUUGAACAUAAUGGCAGGCGAAGAAAUUAAUGAAGACUAUCCAGUAGAAAUUCAUGAAUAUUUAUCAACAUUUGAGAAUUCCAUUGGUGCUGUGAAUGAGAUGCUGAAGACCAUGAUGUCUGUUUCUAGAAAUGAGUUGUUGCAGAAGUUGGACCCACUUGAACAAGCAAAAGUGGAUUUAGUUUCUGCUUACACAUUGAAUUCAAUGUUUUGGGUUUAUUUGGCAACGCAGGGAGUUAAUCCUAAGGAACAUCCAGUAAAGCAGGAAUUGGAGAGAAUCAGAGUAUACAUGAACAGAGUCAAGGAAAUAACAGACAAGAAAAAGGCUGGCAAGCUAGACAGGGCUGCGGCUUCAAGAUUUGUAAAAAAUGCCCUAUGGGAACCAAAACCUAAAAAUGCAUCCAAAAUUGCCAAUAAAGGAAAAAGUAAAAGUUAACCUUUUGGUUUUGAUGUACACAUAUUCAAAAAGUACAUAAUUUUUAUUGUUUUCCACAAAAUAGAUGAUGAUUAUGUGCCAUUGUAAGGUUUAAAUGUAUUCCAUAUUGAAUUCGUGUGUAAAAUUUGCAUUUUAAAUUUGUAAUGCUAAAUACUUUUCCCCCAGAAAGAUUAAGUUAUCCUUAUUGAUUUUCCUAUAGAACAUUAUGUGGUUUUUUUAACAUUGUGGUAUAUUUUAUAUUUAUAGUUUACUGUCUCUUGACAAGACUCUUAUUUCCUUAUAUAGGUCAAUUUUGCAAGUGCCAUUUUAUAAGCAACUAUGAAAUUUAAGUUAAAUGUUCUUUGCAAACAUUUGUGUAUUUUCGAUGAAUAAUGAUUUUAUGAAGUAUGCUGAAGUUUUAAAUACAUCUGUUUUCACUAUAUAAUAUUAGGAAAGAAAGAAAUGACUUAAAUGUCCAUUUUUUCUGUGAAGUUAUUUCAUUACGCUUUCAUGAUUUUGGGAAUUACUGCUUUUUGUGAUAUUUGAAGUAUGAAAUUAAGACUUUUAAGGUUAUUCUUUAAUUCUUGGUACUUUGCCACUAUGUCCCAUUUAAAGUAAAAUAUAUUCUCAUUAACUUUAGAUGGGCAAUGAGGUUGUAUAUUGAUGGCUGAAUUUUGGCAUAAUGGCUGUACCCUAUCAGUAAAGCUGUAAGUGUUGUGUAGCUGACCUGUUUUUUAUUUUUCUCUUUUGAGUAAAUUUUCUCUUGAAAUUAGGAAGGUAGUUUUUAGAAAUCCUUAGGAAUGGGGGAAUUCACGAGUUUUUGUUCCUUAUGCAUAGUGCCCACAGUUCUCUUGGCCUCAUGUUUUCAGAGUUUUUUAUUGUAUGUUUCUGAGGCUAUAGCAAUUACAUAGAAGUAUUUUGGAACAACUUUGUAUGUUAUUUAAUGCCACUUAAGCAGAGGAGAAAUCCAAAGGAGAUUACAUUGUGUUUAUAUUCUGAUUUAUUUUUCUGCAGUAUUUGCUACAGAGAAUUCUAAAUAUUAAACGAAUUUUUUUAUGUCUAAGCCCAUGAAUUUUAAUUAUAUACCCUUAAUGCUUUCAGUCUUUGAAUUCACAUCAUUAUGUAUAGGAAUGCCAAGUACAGUAAAAUACUUUAAUUUUUGAAAAUGAAGUUGUUAAAAUUUUUUGUGUGACUAAUUCUCCAUAAGUAACCUUGAAUAAAUAGAUUUCUUGAUUUAUGGUAGCAGAUAUUGGAAAUGGUCUUAAAAUGUAAUGGAUUUUGUAACGCAUGUUGAACUCUUUCUAUGACACAUGAAGAGGUGGUCACUGAUAGAUGCAGAAAGACUUCUGGCUCAGAUGUCAGACGAUUUUUGAAGUGGAAGAACACUUAUAGUUAGUUCACUCCUUUUUUCACCUUCGGCUCCUCAAGAUUCAAAUUUUUUUUUUUAAAGUAGCUUCUUCAUGAGAGAAAUAAAUGUUAUUAAGAUCAAAUAUAGUGGCCUAGUGUUAUUUAUUGCAAAGAAGGUUAUAGCUUGCAUUUCUUUAUAUUUUCUCAUUUCAUUAAGAAAAAAAAAGUUAAAUGAAAAAUGUCAUGCAGUUGCAGAAAGUCAUUAGCCAAAUUAUUGGUUUGUGAAAGUCCAAUUCUGCCUUCUCUUAAACUGGAGAUUCUUAAGUGAACAAUUCUUUUAAGUGUUUAUUAGAGGUAGAAAACAAUUUGAGUGUAUUCCAUUUUAUUAUGUAUGAUUUUAAGUACUUACUAGCACAUAGUAAGGAGCUGAGUGAUAGUAAGUGUAUUGGGUUGCUUAUUUUUUGUCUAUUCAUUUCACAAAUACUUAAUGACAUUUACAUUGUUAAAUACUGUGCUAGGUUCCAGAUAUGACAACUCCAGCCUUUAUUCUAUUUUAAGUAUUAUGAAAAAACUAGUCUUUUCAUUCAAUUCAGUUUUUCAGAGUUACUGGAAAAUUUAUGACAAGUUGUGCUCAUUAACCUUAGUCAGAAUCAUAAAGGGUGAUGGGUUGAUCUAUUUGACUGUGGUACAGUUAUUGUUAGCAUAGUUUGUUCCAAAUGACAGUCUGCUCUAAGGUUAGAUGUUAAUUAUAUCUUGUAUUAAUCUCUUUGGGAAUUAACAAAUUGGAGGGGUUAUAGCUAUAGAUACUUUUAAGAUUAGAAUUAUGGAUUAUUAAUCUAAUACUAAAUAAUGAGAUUUAGUCUUUUAAUAUUAUUUUAAGCACAAUUUUCUUAUUGUUCAUAAUUGCAGGAUGGGAAUUCAUUUUAGUAAGUAGAAUAUUUUAAGAGGAAAACUGAAGCUUGAAUUAUGGUUUACAUUCCUGGAAUUUGAGGUUAUAUCAAAUUGAUUGGUUUUUAAGAUACCCUGCAAAUUAAAAAAAUUGUUCUACUUAGCUAUUAGAAAUGGAUUAGUAUUAUUUCUAAAUGAGCCUUUAAAAAUUGACUAGAAAUACAGGAAAUGCUUAAAAAAUGGACAGUGUAUUGAAUAUAGAUACUUUUUCCUAAGCGUAGGUCAUUGGAGAAAAAGAUGUUUUAGGAAUCACUUAGCUUAUAAUACUGUUAAACCAUACCUCUAUGCAAUAAAUUAUCAGAAAUUCUGGCUUUACAAAGUAACAUUAACUGAGAAAGGUUUGAACAGUGAUUCUGAGCCUCAUGUAAUAGCUAAGUUUGGUAGAUAAAGCGGAGAAAAAGAAGAACUGGCAUCUUGUUUUCUCUCUUCAUAGAAUAGUUAGUAAACUUGCUCUGAUAAAUUCAGGGGCUCUUUUAACUGAAUAGCAACCUAUUUUAUAUAAAUGUGAUCUGAAUGUACUUAACUAAUAAAAACAUUUCUUUUCCCUA